AACUAUGAGAAUGUGACCUCGCUGGGGUUUCCAGUUUCCAAACCUGAUGUGAUCUCCCAGCUGGAACAAGGGGAAGAACCAUGGGUCUCAGACCUGCAGGGUUCAGAGGGAAAACAGACCCUGAGAUUUCCCUGCAGAGGUGAUGUAAUGGCAUGUGAGAAAGAGGAGCAGAAUUCUCAGCAGAAAAAUGUUCAGCAACUGGAUAAACACAGAGCAUUAUUGCAAAGAUCAAAAAGCAAUGUGUCCAAGAGUCAUGAGGAGGAAAAAUCCUGUGAGAUUCAGCACAGACCAGGAAGAGAGCAAGGAAACCAGCCGGGGGUGAAAAUGAGUAAAUGUAUUUCCUCUCAGGGAACUCAGAAGGACCUCAAGGAAACCACAACAAAGCAGGAAAUCAUCAUUGGAAAGAGAAAAAAUACAUGCACAGAGUGUGGAAAAAACGUAUGUGACUACUCAGCUCUUCUUAAUCAUCAGAGAAUCCACACAGGCGACUGGCCCUAUGAAUGCUGUGAGUGUGGGAAAAACUUCACUCACAGAUCAUCCCUUUCUGUUCAUCGGAGAAUCCACACAGGGGAGAGGCCCUAUGAAUGCCGUGAGUGUGGGAAAAUUUUCACAUACAGAUCAGGCCUUUCUAGACAUGAGAGAAUCCACACAGGGGACAGGCCCUACAAAUGCAGUGAAUGUGGGAAAACCUUCACUCAAAUAUCAGCCCUUUCUGUUCAUCAGAGAAUCCACACAGGGGAGAGGCCCUAUGAAUGCCGUGAGUGUGGGAAAACCUUCAAUCGCAGCUCAGACCUUUUUACCCAUCAGAGAAUCCACACGGAUGAGAGGCCCUAUGAAUGCCGUGAAUGUGGGAAAACCUUCAAUCGCAGCUCACACCUUAUUACUCAUCAGAGAAUCCACACAGGGGAGAGGCCCUACGAAUGCAACGAGUGUGGGAAAAACUUCACUAGCAGCUCAGACCUUUCUCAACAUCAGAGAAUCCACACGGGGGAGAGGCCCUAUGAAUGCCGUGAGUGUGGGAAAAACUUCACUCAGAGCUCAGCCCUUUCUCAACAUCAGAGAAUCCACACAGGGGAGAGGCCCUACGAAUGCCGUGAGUGUGGGAAAACCUUCAAUUGCAGCUCACACCUUAUUAGGCAUCAGAGAAUCCACACAGGGGAGAGGCCCUAUGAAUGCAGUGAGUGCGGGAAAACCUUCAAUUGCAGCUCACACCUUAUUACCCAUCAGAGAAUCCACACAGGGGAGCGGCCAUAUAAAUGCAGUGAGUGCGGGAAAAGCUUCACUCACAGAUCAGGCCUUUCUCGACAUCAGAGAAUCCACACAGGGGAUAGGCCCUAUAAAUGCUGUGAGCGUGGAAAAUACUUCACUAAGAGUUCAGCCUUUUCUGAACAUCAGGGAAGCCACACAGGGGAGAGGCCCUACCAAUGCCGUGAGUGUGGGAAAAACUUCACUCAGAGCUCAGCCCUUUCUCAACAUCAGAGAAUCCACACAGGGGAGAGGCCCUAUGAAUGCCGUGAGUGUGCGAAAACCUUCUCUUGGCACUCAGCCCAUAUUAGCCACCAGAGAAUCUGCAAGGGCGAUAAACACCAUAAAAACCUCUAGGGGGCUAUCAAUUUUUUUUCUUUAAUACUUUUCCUGAUUGCCAUAUAAUAACUUUUUAAAUGUGUUUGAACUGUUUGCAGCACUGUUAUCCCUCAGCUUGUCCAGAUGAGUGGCCCAUUUAUGCCUUUUGUAGUUUGCCUUCUUUUGAGGCGGGCCCAUUUGUCCUUUCUAUUAACUCAAUUAUCCCAUGAGUAGUUGGAGUGUGCCCUUCCUAUGAGGAACCAGGGAGCGUCACACUUAUACCAUUCCUCCUGUUGCAAAGUUAUUGUUAGAGUCACCAAUGAUACAGAUUGUAUCAUUGCCAGUUGUUCUCACGUUGCUCUGGGUUGUGCUGAAGAGCAGUUAUAUUGGGAAUUUUUCAUAUUAUAGUUAAAUAAAGAGGAGCAGAGGGAAAAGUGUCAUUUCAGCCUCUGUGACACUGGGAGGAGAUGGGGUGACUCAGAGAUUCCCUUCUUCCCCAUCACUCCAGAACUGUUACAUUUUGGCUUCUCUGUGCAGAGUUUAUUUUCAUCACAUUCUACCCCUCCACUUCUCAAAGUGUUAUGUGAGGAAGAAUUCUCAGCUGUCUGUGCUUGGAGACGAUGCUUUGAUUUCUUUAAUCCUAUAUCAGAGUCGCUAUGACUGGAAAUGAAAGUGUCAAAGACCUGGAAGGGGAAUUUAAAUGGAUCCCAAACAUAGUGUGAUUAUUUGGCAUUUAAAUUCCAGGUUUCAUCUAUUGGUAAAGCCACUUCUGGCAAGGGGGCUAUUUUGUCCCCCAUUAUGGGGAUACUAGGAUACUUACAAUUUUGUAAAUAAUGUAACUGACUAUUGAGAGAGUGCUGAGUGAAGCAGCUUUGAAUGGAUCAGAGGAGAAUGUGAUGGGAGAAUCUCUUGUCCUAAUUCUAAAUAAUCAGAUGUAACCUGCUCUGGAAUUUCUCUUGAUACUUUCAUUGUCAUGUAUUCUGUCUCUAUGUGAUGUGGGUUUCUCUCUUUCCUGAAGGCUGUUUGCUCAUCCAGUUGGAUAUUAGUUCAGUUCAAUAGGACAUAGCUCAGAUUUAUUGGAGAAUUUAAGACAAAUGACCAUUUCCUAAAGUCCUCAUUUCUCACUUUAGCUUUGCUUUUUCCCCACCCCUACAUGAUGACAUGGAGAAAGGUCAAGUGCAGUUCUGUCAACAGUGGAGAACUCUCUAAUGUACUGCACGUGCUAACAGAGAAACAGCAGUUAUUUAAAAUCUCCAUUCGGAAAUGGUGAACAGCACCAGAACCCCAACUAACUGAAGGAAGUGCAUAAGAUCACAGUGUAGUUCAAUUAUUUAAGUAAGUAUUUUCUCAGAUGAUUUGGGGAGAGAGUUCCACAUUAAGUGAUUUUUAACUUGGCAAGAUGCCCAUGUAUUUGGUUUCGAAGCAUUUUUGUAACCCAUGCCCCACAGAAGAUCUUUCCUAUUCGGAGUGUUCCCCUUCAUGGUGCAGAUUGUCGCAACCCUAAAGUGCACGCUUAAACACGGUCUCUUUUUGGCUAAUUGUCGGCCCAUAGCCAUUUUGUUUUAGUAAAAGGACUAGGUGGUCUCCAUUUUGGGUCAGAUUCUUGUUCCUUAAAGGACAGGAAAGCCCCAAGGUGUCGUGUGCAUAACCCUAGCAUGUCAGGUGCAUCCUGUGAGCCGUAUACAGACAUGUAAGCAUGUCUCAAAGAAAGAAGUAGCGUGUUUACCAAGUACAGCUUCUGCUACGUAGGCGGCUCCUGCUCGGAACCUGGAAGGCGAAGGAGCUAAGGGGCCAAUCCGGUAUCAAUACAUGUAAAAGGGAACCAAUCUGAAACUGACACCAGUAAAAGCCCCCAGACAAAACUAUGUCUCACGCCAGAAUCGGGAGGAGUUCUCGUGGGUCAGCUGGAAGGUCUGAUCACCCUUUCGGCCAGGGAAUCUCCUCUGGAUUUAGCCGGCUCGUGUUGUCUCGUAUUAAACAAGACCACCUCCCCUAAUUCACUAUGUAAUCGGUGUUUAUGCUACUGGUCGGCUGUAUCUGGAGUGUGGUAUGUAUUUUGUAAUUUCUGCAAAUAUUUCUGCUCUCACCUGACUCUUCCCCCAUCUCUACCUUCUCUUCUGUUUCUUGGAUUUACUUCAUUCUGUGUAUAAGAAAAGCGAUUGUUUUUUUUUUCUUUCCUAUAGCUUAUUUUUUGGCCUUGCUUCUUCCUUUUAUGUGAAGCAGUGUAGAUAAGAGUUAACAUGUUGCUCUUCCUAGCCAAAGUGUACUCUAUUCCUGUUGUUAAAAUAAAUACAGCCAUUUGGCUUUAAACCAA